CUACCAGAAGGGGACUUAGCCCACUGUGAGGAUAUAAAAGCUUCAGAAGUUCUUCAUGGGACAGCAUCAAGACUCUUGGCUGCCUCUGAGUAGAGAUCAGGCAAUUCCACAAACAUGAAGGUUUCAGUCAUCUCUGUCUUGGCUCUUGCCAUGGCCAUGUUUUAUGGCAGUGAAGCCGCCUCACUAACAAAAAGGGAGGUUCCAGAUGUUAUGGGCCAAGUGGAAACUCUGACCAAAUACGUUGAAGAAUUAACUAAUUUAGUGAAAACCAGCACCCAGGACUUAAUGAGCAAACUGAAAGCAGAGGAGCUGAACUCCAAAGCCCAGGAAUACAUAAAAAGCAGCAGAUCUCAGCUGGAAGAGAACCUCAAGCCCAUUGCAGAUAACAUGGAGAGCCAAAUGAAACCUCUGAUUGAAAGCUUGAAAGCUCAGGCAGAGCAAUGGCAACCAAUGGCUGAUUCCUUGCAAACCAGCAUGAUGGAUAUGUGGAAAAGUCUCAUGGAUUCCACCAAGUCACUGAGUUCCGCAUAGAAAAACUAUCAGGGAUAUCUAGAAGAUUAAUCGGCCUACCUCCGUGUCUGUCAGUCUGCUUACACAAAUUCAUUCUGUCAUUGUGAUUUUGCAAUGCUUUGAGCAAUAAAAGUAUUUUGUGCA